AUGUUAGCUUUUAAAAAUUUAAGAAAAAAGCAAUAUAUUCAUUUGCAUAUUUAAUAUUAUAAAACAAAUAUCAAGCCUCUUGAAGAAAUUCCUAAUUUUGUUAAAAAAGAAGAAGAAAUUCUAGAAUAUUGGCAAUAAAUAGAUGCUUUUGGACAAUAACUAAAAAAAACAAAGCAUUAUCCGCCUUUUACAUUUUAUGAUGGUCCUCCUUUUGCAACCGGUCUACCUCAUUACGGGAAUUUAUUAGCAGGAACAAUAAAAGAUACAAUAUGUAGAUAUGCAUCAUAAAAUGGAAGAUAUGUAGAAAGAAGAUUUGGAUGGGAUUGUCAUGGUUUACCGAUUGAAUAUGAAAUAGACAAAAAAUUAAAUAUAAAAACGCGAAAAGAAGUUUUAGAUAUGGGUAUAGAAAAAUAUAAUUAAGAAUGUCGAAAUAUAGUAAUGAGAUAUAGUAAAGAAUGGAGGCAUAUAGUAAAUAGGUUUGGUAGAUGGGUAGAUUUCGAUAAUGAUUACAAAACAUUAGAUAUAAAAUAUAUGGAAUCAUGUUGGUAUGUAUUUAAAUAAUUAUUUUAGAAAGGUUUAGUAUAUCGCGGUUGUAGAAUAAUGCCAUAUUCAAAUGGAUGUGCUACUGUUUUGUCCAAUUUCGAAACUCAGUAAAAUUAUAAAGAGGUUUUAGAUCCUUCUUUGUAUAUUUGCUUUAGUUUAAAAAACGAGCCGGAUACUAAAUUAGUUGCUUGGACUACUACUCCUUGGACUUUGACUAGUAAUUUAAUGCUGGGUGUAAAUUCAAAGAUUAAAUAUGCCAAAGUUGAAGAUUUAAAAAGUGGGAAGAAAUAUAUUUUGGCUUAGUCGAGGCUUUUGGAGAGUAUUUAUAAGAAAAGUGAUGAGUUUGUAGUUUUGGAAGUUUUGGAAGGAAAAUAAUUGGAAAAUUUAGAAUAUGAACCUUUGUUUGAUUAUUUUAUUGACAGAAAAAUAAAUGGAUGUUUUAAAGUACUUUUGGCUGAUUUUGUUUAGGAAAAUACAGGAACUGGAAUCGUACAUUUAGCACCAGGUUUCGGAGAGGAUGACUACAAGGCUUGUUUAUAAAAAGGAGUUAUAAAGUCAGACAAUCCACCUGUUCCAGUUGAUGAGAAUGGUUUUUUUACAAAAGAAAUUAGAGAUUUCUAAGGAUAAAGUGUAAAAGAGAGUGAAAAAAACAUAAGAAGAUAUUUAAAAGAAAAGGGAGUUUUAAUAAAGGAUGAGUAAAUAAAACAUAGCUAUCCUUUCUGUUGGAGAAGUGACACUCCUUUAAUUUACAAAGCUGUUUAAUGCUGGUUUAUUAAAGUUACAGAAAUAAAAUAAUAACUAAUAUAGAAUAAUAAAAAAGCCUAUUGGGUACCUAAAUUUGCAUAAGAAGGAAGAUUUAAUUCAUGGCUAGAAAAUGCCUAAGAUUGGUGCUUUUCGAGAAGUAGAUUUUGGGGUAAUCCGAUUCCAUUAUGGGUUUCGGAAGAUGGAGAGGAAAUCGUGUGUGUAGGAAGUAUAUAGGAAUUAAAAGAAUUAACUGGUAAAGAUAAUAUAUAAGAUCUACAUAGAGAUUUUGUAGACAAAUUAGUUAUUUAAAGUAAAUUAGGGAAAGGGACUUUGAGGAGAAUUGAUGAAGUUUUUGAUUGUUGGUUUGAAUCUGGAUGUAUGCCUUUUGCCUAGAUUCAUUAUCCGUUUUCGGUUAAUGAAAAUAAAUUUUAGGAAGUUUUUCCAGCUGAUUUUAUUGCAGAGGGGAUUGACUAGACGAGGGGAUGGUUUUAUACUUUAAAUGUAAUAUCUACAGCAUUUAAAAAUUCACAUCCUUAUAAAAAUUUAAUAGUUAAUGGAAUUGUUUUGGCUGCUGAUGGCAAAAAAAUGUCAAAAUCUAAAAAAAAUUACCCAGAUCCUUUAGAAGUUGCAAAUAGACAUUCAGCAGAUGCUAUUAGAUUAUAUAUGAUAAAUUCACCUUUAGUAAGAGCUGAAGAACUCUGUUUUAAAGAAGAAGGUGUUUUUGGUGUUAGAAAAGAUGUUUUUUUACCUUGGUAUAAUGCUUUAAAAUUUUUAAUAUAGAAUAUAUAAAGAUAUGAAAAUUUAAAUAAUGAAAACUUCAUUUUCGAUGAAAUAAUAAUAGAAGAAAAAAAUAUAACAAAUCCGAUGGAUAAAUGGAUAAUAAUAUCAUGUUAAAAUUUAAUAAUUUUCGUAUAAUAAGAAAUGUAAAAAUAUCAUUUAUACACUGUAGUUCCUAAAUUAGUACUUUUUUUGGAAAAUUUAACUAAUUGGUAUAUUCGUUUGAAUCGAAAUAGACUAAAAAAUGAAACUUUAGAAUAAAAAAUGGCCUUAAAUGUUCUUUUUUCUGUUAUUUUGAAUUCUAUUAUUUUAAUGGCUCCAUUUGUUCCCUUAAUUACUGAAAGCUUUUAUUAGAAUUUAAAGGUUUUUUUAUCUCCUAUUUCAGUUUAUAAUUAAAAUUCUCUACAUUUUUUACAAAUGCCCUAACCUAAAAAUAAUGUUUUGGAUCUUUAAAUUGAAGAGAGUUUUCUUAGAAUGCAAAAAAUUAUAAAUUUGGGAAGGUUUUUGAGAGAAAGCAAGAAGAUUUCUUUAAAAUAAACUGUUUCUUAAUUAAAAAUAGUGUCGAAAAAUCCUUAAUUCAACUCUUCUAUUAAUAACUAUUUACAAUAUAUAAAAGAAGAAGUAAAUGUAGAAGAAAUAAUAAUAUAAAAUGACGAAAGUGCAUACAUAGAUACAAAAGUUGUACCAAAACAUCGAAAUUUGGGACAAAAAUUGUAAUAAAAAUACACCAAAGAGUUAAAAGAAGCUCUUUAAAAUCUCUCAAAUAAACAAAUAAAAGAAUUAUAAGAAAAAGGGAAAAUUAAUAUAUUAUAAAAUGAGUUAUUAUUUGAAGAUUUUAAUGUAUAAAAAGAAAUAAAGAAGGAAUUUUUAAAGGAAAGAAAUAUUGAAGUUGAUGAUGAUUUUGUAAUUGUGAUUGAUUUUAGUCAAAAUUAAGAGAUGAAAAGUAAAGGAAUUAUAAGAGAAUUCUGUAGCAAAAUACAGAAAGUAAAAAAAUAAAGUAAAAUUUAGUCUAAUAUGGAGAUUUUGGUUAGUGUGGAUUUUGGUAAAAAUUAAAAUGUAAAAAAUGAAAUUAUGAAAAAUAUUUAAAUUGUAUAAAAAAACAUUAAUUGUAAUGUUAUUUUGGUAGAUGAAUAAAAAUAAGAAAAUUUAAAUUAUAAAAAUGCUAUUGGAUCUUAAUAAAAGUUUUAAAUUGAUUAAGAAGAAGUUAUUAUUUAAUUUUUUUAUGUUUGA